AUGCCUAAAAUACAAAAGCGAAACCUAAAACAAAGUUGUGGUCUGGGCUGUGUGCUGCUUGGAUUACUGCUGAUCAGUCUAAGUCUUACGCUAGCGCAGAGCGCGCAAGUUUGGAUGCAGUUCAAUGGCCAGCAGCUGGCCUACGACACGGAUGGGCGCAAUGAUUUAUCGCCCAACUAUGAGCAGCACGCCCCACUGGCUACGCCCACGUCCGCGUCUAAGCCCACCAUUGACUUUAGCACCGCACAAAUGUCGCACACUCAGCACACAGAUGAUCAGGGCAUUGUCUUUGGCAAGUAUUCCUACUACGAUGCGGCUGGUUAUCAUGAGCUGAGCUACAAAGCUGGCGCUGGCAUUGGCUUCGUGGUCAUGGGCGGCAAUUUGGCCAAGCCCAGCGCACAAACCCAAACAGUAGCAGCACCUGCUUGGCAGUAUGCCUAACUUUAGCAUUCAACAAAAUAUACGAGUUAUUGU